AUGCACUACAAUGACGAGAAAACGAAUUUCUGGGUAUCUCAGAUUCUGGACACAGCCUUGAAGGAAUUGUCCAAAUUGAACAAGCCAUUUAAAUACGUCGAGGGUCCCCAAAAGAAACACAUGAAAAAUGUGAAAAGACAAACUUGUUCAUUCUCACAGCUUCACAUGGAAACAAAUGCCCUCGACAGAGCAAAAAUGGAUGAGCUAUAUCAGCACCUCAAAAUGAUGGACUACGUCAUUAUAUGUUUCACAAACAAGUACCGACUUGUGCACAACUAUGUGAAAGGAGUGGCAAACAUUUUUGCAGUGACGGUUAAUCAAUACCAUAAGCUCAUUCAAAAAAUAAUUUCCUUGUACAAAGAGAGGCUUUACAACUCUGUCCAUGCUAACCUCGUCCAGCUGAAGCAAGAUGUGGAGAGGCAACAGGCGCAUGAUAAAAAUCUCACGGAGAUAAAGGAAAAUUUAAAGAGGGCAAUAAAACUGACCAAAACGAGUGAAGUUUGUGCAGCAGUGGAAGUUGGCGAAAAGACGCAAAUUCAAAUGGACACCACCCUCAAAAUAGACCCCCCCUAUGAUACGGCAGCCUUGUACAAACUUAGGCACUACAGGAACGCCUUCCUCAAGAGGUACUCCACGAUAACGAAGAAUGGAAACUAUUUGAAUGCAAAUGAACAGAGGAAGCGUUUCCUGCAGAAGCUCAAGAGCUCCGCGAAGGUGACCCAAGGGGGUAGAGACCAACCUCAUGGCAUAUUCAAAGACGAAUACAAAAACCUGAUUAGAAUUUUAUGCGAAAAUUAUAUCUUUAAGGAAUCCCAACAACUCAAGGAGGUGUUAAUUGUAAAUAAAUUUUUGUACAAAGCCAAGGGUAUAGUGAAUGACGUGCCUCACUUUUUGUGCAGAAUUAUUGAGGAGUUCGAGAGCACGGAAUGUGUUGCUCAGGCCAACAUGUACCUGUUCGUCUUGCUGGCUUUGAACAAGUGGCUCAAGAAGAUAGUCGGCGAGUGCGAGCGCUUCAUCUCAUUGAACAAGACCAAAGGGUACAAGAAAAAAACAGACAGCGUAGAAAUACACAAGAGGAUGAGCGAUUACAUGAAUGACAUUUUGCAAAGGGGAGCCGAGCAAACCAUGGUGUUUGGUGAAGACAAGGCUCUCUUCCCCUACCCACCAAACAUUAAGUUCGAUGUGAAUACAUCCUUCCUCACCUACUUCUUUUUAUAUAUGAACAAAAACUUAUUCAAUUUUGUGGAGGGCUUCUACUCCCCCUCCACGAGGAAGAUGCCUGGACAAAGCAAUAAAAAAAAAAGGGUAAAGUUAAUUAAGUGUCAUUCGGCAGCAAAGGAGAGUAGCCUCUACAUGAGUAGCGACAUGUACAGCUACCAGUUGCACAACGAGCACGACGACGAUUACGGGGAGGGGCACACGGAGGAGAAGAAGAAGGAGCAUCACCAUCUGUCCAAUUUGACGUUCCGCGUUAACCGAGAAGACAUGUACCCAAACAUAUUUCUAAUCUGCAAUUAUCUCCUACGUGAAGAAACAAAAAAAAUUAUCAACUCGAUAUAUCACAUUCAGAGGACCUCCUUUGACCUCCUCCUAUGCUACGAUUCGUCUGUCCUUAUUCAGUUGAUCAUUUGUCUGCUGUCCAAUUUGAAGGGGCUCUUCGCCUCGGACACCUCCCACACGUCGCCAAGCACGCCAACCGUGCCAAUCGCCACCACCGCGCCGGCAGACGGGGCCGAAGAGGAAGAAGCCUACUACGACGAUCUCCGCAAAUGCAUUUCAGAAACGAAGAUAAAUUACGUCGCCUCAAAUUCAUACGUGAAAUGUGUAGGGCAUAUAAGAUUGAUGCUGUUGAACGUGUUAAAAAUUGUACAUACCAUGACGAAGGAGCGAGAUAGAAGUUAUGUAUGCACCUUCUGGGAUAAGACACACGUCCUCAUGGGAGGGGAGAACCAACCUGAUGGAGAAGAACCCCUUGCAUGUGGAGAGGGACGUACUAGUGGGGCAGAUCAAACUGGCGACGACAGCUACACACAACAACGAGACCAACUCAUACCUAUAAGACAUCAGUGCACUGAAAAGAACUGCUACUUCUUUCGUGAGGAAAAACGGCCUGAUGACACCAACGAUGGACUAACGCAACGAAGGGAGGAACACACCAAUAGAGCCAUACAAAAGAGGAUACUGUGUUAUGACUUUUAUAAGUUUGUGAGAGACCACGUAAAGGCGGUUAAGGUGCUAAUGGAAAACAGGAGCAACAGGGAAGAGUACACAGGAAUUCUCCUCAAGAGGAACAAUCGGUAUAACAUCGACGGAGGUGUUGGUGGCUGUACAAGAUAUGGCGGAGGCGCCAAGGGAACGAACAGUACGCCCUUGCGGGGACGCCACCCAGCAGUGAGGAAGCCUUCCCAACGGGUUGCCACGACGACCGGGAUAAGCAACACGCCGGUCCAUCUCAACCCAACAGAUAGUAAAGCCUUCCCGAGAGUUGCAAAUAAACCGGAUCCGAAGGGUAAACCAGGUCUGAGAGGUCCCCCCAAGGUUGCCUCAAAAAAGGGGACCCAGUCAAGUGUUAAGGGUUCAGCAGCAUCUGCAACAACUCACGCGCACGUGGCCAAAAUGAGCGCGGCCAACAUGAGCGUCGCCAAAAUGGACGUCGCCAAAAUGGGGCAAGGGCUAUCAUCUACCAGACUCAGUCCACAGGAUACACGAAAUAAAACGAAGCAUCCCACCAAAUGGGUGUUAAAUUCAGGGAAGACCAACGCUGCUGUUUCCAAACAGUAG